UCGUUGGAAUACUGCAUGUCUAACCAAUAUCGUAUUCAAAGUAAAAAAUAUAAACGCGUGUUCUGACUGUUCAUUUAAUAUAAAUAUAUUACGUGAAAUCGCGUGGCAAGAAUGGGACGACUUGUAGUGCUUGCUGGCGAUCAAGUACAUGGAGAAAAGUCCAGAACUUUUAUAUUUUCAAAUGAAGGUCAUACAUUGGGAAAUGCAUUACAAAAUAUAAUAACUCAGUAUGCUGAAGUGACAUUUUGCGGAUAUACUGUACCUCAUCCAGCAGAAAAUAAAAUUAACUUCAGGAUACAAACUAAAACAGGACGAGCCACAGAUGUAUUAAAACGUGGACUUCAAGAUUUAGAAAAAGCUUGCGACCACACUUUAGAAGUUUUCAAUCAAACAUAUAAACAAUAUAGAAGUUCCAAAAAUCUGUCCUCAGAAAAUACAUAAUAUUAUAGUUUAGUUUUUCUUCAUAUAUUUGGUUGUAAAUAUUAAUUUAAGGUUUUCUUUCACUUAUAAUUAGAUAAUUAUGUUUGUAAUCAAAUAAUGAAAUAAGACUAAGUAAUCUUACCAUUCUGUUUUGAAA